AUGCCACACUCCAAGACACAGAGACACACCGACAAAGGUGAUAAAAUUAAUUUUUUGGCCCCAAAAAACCUGCCAGCCUCACAGCAAGCCGAACCAGGCCUUAAAGAUGGCACUGGGUACUCCGGCGGGAGCAGCCCCCGCUCAGAUCUGGACACACAAUCCGAAAUGGGGCUUACAGCCUCGCUACUACAAGCAGCCCUGGAUAAACAAUCAACCAAGCUGAUAGCUACCUGGCAAGAAAGUGUGGCCGAGAUCAAGCGAGACCUACACGAUUUGGGGCAGGAAACGGGGCACAUGGAGACAAAGGUGGACAACUUUGUGGAUGCCCACAACCAAGCUAUUGACAGGAUCCAAGCCCUUGAAUCCCAACUUGCUAAAUAUGAGGUGAAGCUCAUGGACCUAGAAGAUAGGUCACGCCGAAGCAAUCUGCGACUCCGCGGCAUCCCGAAAGAGGUGCUGGAAGCCUUUGUAAACGGCUUCUUCAAGGCACUAUUAUCAGACAUCCUGGUCGACAUGUUACUGCUGGACCGCCUACACAGGGUCCCAAAGCCCAAACACAUUGCUGCCUCUUUACCAAGAGACACUCUACCUAAAGCUCAUUAUUUUCAUGUGAAGGAGCUGAUUCUCCGCAGUAGCCGCACAGCGAAGGACUUACCACCAGAAUUCUCCAAAGUGCGAGUUUUUGCGGACAUCUCGGCGGCCACAUUACGCCACAGGAAAGUAUUCCAGAAAGUUACCGAGUUCCUCAGGGAAUAUCGCAUACCUUACCGCUGGAGAUUCCCUUUCCGUCUGCUUGUCACGCGCAAUGGUGCCACCGCAGUGCUCAUGUCGGUAGAAGACGGUUUACAACUACUACAACGAUGGAACCUGAGCCAAGCUGAACAUGCAGCAGACGCACCGUCCCCCAAACGCCUUGAAAGGGACUGGUCUUAA